CACGUUUUGCAUGAAGUUACUCAGCAAAGAGAGACCCUCCGUCUCAUUUUGAUGACGUUUACAAUUUCUAUUUACUGAGGAACUGCCACUGGUUUCGGAGAAGCAUUUCUUUAUCAAUAACCCACAUUUCUACCCGUCAAACAGACUGGGAUCUUGGAUGGAGUGUUGAGCCCCAGUGAGAUGACUGACCAGGGCAACAACAACCAGAACAUCUCCUGCAACCCCUUCGCUGCCCUCUUCAGCUCACUGGCUGAUGCCAAGCAGUUUGCAUCAGGCCAGAAACCACAACAACUGUCUGCUGAAGCACCAUGUCAUACUGUAUCUUGUAUCACAGUGGAGGACUCAGGAGAGAGCCAGUCGGAGUCAGAAAACUCUGUGUCAGACAGCGUCGAUGACAAUGACGACUCUGUGGCAGAGAUCAGCCGCUCCUUCCGAUCCCGGCAGGAGCUGUGUGAACAGCUCAAUGUUAAUCACAUGAUCCAGCGGAUAUUUCUCAUCACUCUGGACAACAGUGACCCCAGUCUGAGAGGAGGUAAUGGUAUCCCUCCUCGCUGUGUUUACUUGGAGGAGAUGGCUGCAGAUCUGGAUGGACAGGACUGGCUGGACAUGGACAACAUAGAACAGGCUUUGUUCAACCGUCUGCUGCUGCUAGAGCCAGGAAACCACCUCAUUUACAUGACCUCAUGCAGCGCUGUUAACCUGUCUGCUGACCGUGAUGCUGGAGAGAAGAGUGCCAUCCCUUAUCUUUUUGCUUGCUACCAGAGGGCCAAAGAAGAGGUGACAAAGGUACCAGAGAAGUUACUGUCGUUUGCUGUUCGCUGUAAGAACCUGACCGUGUCUAACACACGGACUGUCCUGCUCACCCCAGAGAUCUACAUUAGCCAGAAUGUCUACGAACAGCUUCUGGACCUGCUGCUGGAAGCCUUCAGAGGAGCACAACCAGAGGAGGUGGUUGAAUUUGUGGAGGAGGUCAUUACUGGCAUACUGUCUGACCAGGAGGUGCGUACCUUCGAGGAGGUGAUAGUACCAGUGUUUGACAUCUUCCAGGGGCGCAUCAAAGACUUGGACCUGUGCCAGCCCCUCCUCUACUCCUACCUAGAUGUUCUGCUCUAUUUCAGCCACAAUAAAGAUAUUGCCAAGGUAUUAGUGGAACACAUUCAGCCCAAAGAUCCAGCUAAUGGUUUACAGUACCAGAAGAGCUUACUUGGAGCAGUUUUGAGUAUCUCCUGCUUAUUAAAAACCCCAGGUGUAGUGGAGGGACAUGGCUACUUCCUGAACCCCUCCCGCUCCAGCGCCCAGGAGACAAAGGUCCAGGAGGCCAACAUCCACCAGUUUAUGGGCCAGUUUCAAGACAAGCUGCACCAGAUCCUGAAAAACUUGCUUCAGCGAUCUGGUGAGACGCGACACUUGUUGCUGUCUUGGUUGGGCAGCUGUCUGCAGGCAAACGCCGGACGGGCCAAGAUAUGGGCGAAUCAGAUGCCAGAGAUCUUCUUCCAGAUGUAUGCCUCGGAUGCGUUUUUCUUAAACUUGGGUGCAGCACUGCUGAAGCUCUGCCAGCCGUUCUGCAAGCCGCGCUCGCCCAAACUGCUGACCUUCAACCCCACCUACUGUGCCCUGAAAGAGCUGAGUGAAGAAGAGAGGCGUAAUCGCAAUGUGCAUGCAACAGGACUUGACAAGGAAACCUGUUUGAUCCCUGUACCCCCUCAGCAGCCGGUGGAGUCCGCUCAGUCCUACAGCCUGCUAACUGAAAACCUCAUCCUCACACAACUCACCCUGCAUCUUGGCUUCCACAGACUCCACGAGCAGAUGGUGAAGAUGAACCAGUCUCUCCACCGGCUCCAGGUGACAUGGCAGGAGGCCCAGCGAACAGGCAACCCGAUGUCAGAGCAGCUCCUUGAGCAGUUUGAGCGUCUGAUGAUUGUUUAUCUGUCAACCAAAGCUGCCACCACGCAGCCUGCCAUGCUGCAAUGCUGCCUUAACCUCCAAGCUUCCACCGGUGCCCUUCUGGUCCAGCUUGGUAUGGGGAACCAGGGGCCUGAGCAUGUAGCACUCAGUUUUCCCCUGCCCUCCCUACAGAAUACUAUGCUGUGCUAUGUACCAGAGUUUUUUGCAGAAAACUUGGGAGAUUUUUUCAUCUUCCUGCGUCGAUUUGCUGACGAUGUCUUGGAGACUUCUGCAGAAAGUCUGGAGCAGAUUCUUAACUUCAUCACUGUCUUCAUGGGAAACGUAGAGAGGAUGAAGAACCCUCAUUUAAGAGCAAAGCUCGCAGAGGUCUUAGAGGCAGUGAUGCCGCACAUGGAACCGGUGGCACCCGGUGCUGUUCAGCCAAUCGUGUUCCAGAGAGAGAGAGUCUUCUGCUCCUACAGACACGCACCUCAGCUAGCAGAGGCCCUCAUCACUGUGUUUGUAGACAUCGAAUUCACAGGUGAUCCACAUCAGUUUGAACAGAAGUUUAACUACAGAAGACCCAUGUAUCCCAUCCUCAAGUACAUGUGGGGCAAAGAGAACUAUAGAGAGAGUAUCAAGCAUUUGGCGCACUAUGCAUCUGAGAACCUGGAGGCCAUGAACCCCCCUCUGUUCCUCAGGUUCCUCAACUUACUGAUGAACGAUGCCAUCUUCCUACUGGAUGAGGCUAUUCAGUACCUGAGUAAAAUCAAGGUUCUGCAGCUGGAGCGGGAUCGAGGGGAGUGGGAAGGCCUGGCCCCCGAUGCUCGAAGAGAGAAGGAGUCCAGCCUGCAGAUGUUAGGACAGCUGGGACGAUUCCACAACAUCAUGUCUAAUGAGACCAUCGGCACACUGGCGUUCCUCACAUCAGAGAUCAAGGGGAUCUUUGUGCACCCCUUCUUGGCUGAGAGGAUCAUCUCCAUGCUGAACUACUUCCUGCAGCACUUGGUCGGUCCUAAGAUGGGUGCCCUUAAAGUCAAGGACUUCAGUGAAUUUGACUUCAAGCCCCAGCAGCUUGUUUCUGACAUCUGCACCAUCUACCUGAAUCUGGGUGACGAGGAGAAUUUCUGUGCUACAGUCCCAAAGGAUGAACGAUCGUACUCUCCUACCCUCUUCUCCCAAACAGUUCGGGUACUGAAGAAGAUAAACAAGCCAGGGGACAUGAUUGUGGCUUUUGGACUCCUCGCUGACAAAAUAAAGUCCAAUGCAGACAGACAGCAGCAGGAAGAGGAGACAUAUUCAGAUGCCCCAGAUGAGUUCCUGGAUCCCAUCAUGUCCACUCUGAUGCUGGAUCCCGUUCUUCUGCCUUCCUCCAAUGUCACAGUCAACCGCUCAACUAUAGCAAGGCAUCUCCUCAGCGACCAGACAGACCCUUUCAACCGCAGUCCACUUACCAUGGACCAGAUCAGGCCAAACGAGGAGCUCAGACAGCAGAUCUUGCAGUGGCUGGAAAAGCAUAAGCAGGAGAGGCUGCAGCUGGGACCCAGUGGCUAGCUGUGAUCCCUCACUGUGAUUCAAAAGAAAAAAGAGAAGACGGCAUCCUAGUUUUUCUUUCCUGGCUCACAUCUCACGUGCUCCUCUGCUUCUUGGCUAAUCCAUGGUGUGCUUGCCUCUGUGGAUUUGCUCCGACUCCUCUGGUCCAACUAACAUUGCAUUUGCCUUUACACGCAGCCUUCACGCACAGUGGAUUCUCUUUGUGACAACAGUCCAGGCAAACUGUAGCCCACCGGCUGGUGACAACUUCAAGAACCAUGCACAGUAGCUGUUUGACUCCCAUGAUGCCCUGUGGUAACAGCAGUAGGAUGAUUCAACCUCUGGUUCCUCUCUCCCUGAAUACUGUGUAUUAAUUAGUAUAACUAUCAGAACUGUGGCCAGAAGAAGCAUCAGUUUCAACAGGACUUGUUGAAUGUACUGAAUGAACUCCUGACUGGCUAUAACCAGAUUUUAUACUGCAAAGUAAGGUCAUUUUUGGGAACUUUUAAGGCAGAACAUGGAUGGGAUUGUUUUUGAUUUGAGAUUGCGUUCACCUCCAUGAAGAAUACAUUUUGCACUGCCUUCAAAAGAUCAUGAACACCCUAUAUUUGAGCCUUUUUGGUUAAAUGUCAUGCAGCAUUGUAAAUAAAACAAUUACAAGUAAGACAGAGGUAAUACUGAAUUUUAAAUGUGAGACUUUGUUUUAGAGGAAAUAAUCUACAUUAACCUAUAGAAUAAGACAUGUGUAAUACAAAACCAUACUGUGAAAUCUGUGCUUUAACAUGAAUAGAUAAGCUUUAAAGAACUCGUUAGGAUCGAGAGCUUGCUGAUUGACAGGUUGUUUCAGUUACUCUACAAUAAUUACACUGGUUUAAAGGAACUUCUAAGGUGUAAAACAUAAAUGGCUACACACAGAAAUUACAUUAAGUCUACCUAAAAGUGACAAAAUGUAUAAUAAAAUUGAUUGUUGAGUGUGGCCUUGGUACACACUGUUGGUUGGUCUGGAAAUGCAGCUGCUCUCAGUGCUUAAAAAAUAAAUUGUCAGCUGUGUGACGGCAUCAGGAUCAUCUCUAGAAGCAAUUUUACUCACAGUUUGUCUUGUUUGUAAAUUUAAAAUUCAAGUUUCCCUCAGAGCAACCGAAGAUAUUGUACAACUGUUUUCACCGGCCGAGUUGUACUCCUUUUUGAUAAGUGAGUUGAUUCUUGUGUAAAAUCUCUUAAGUGUUCCUUUGAGACACUAAGCAGUGGUCAUGAGCACAAGCAACAAAGAGGCAAGCAGAUACUAUAAAAACACUGCUUGGUGGCUGUUUUUCCGAAAUGUUACCAAAAUUCAUCUUACCUAUCCAACAAAAUCAGACUGAAUACAUCUGAAGGAAAGAAUAAGCCAUGCAGUUGCAGGUCCAUGCGUCAUGAUAUAUUUUAAAUGGACAGUUUAGACGGUGAUUUGAUUAUCCAAACAUUUUUUGAUUUGUCUGAUAACUCUUUGGCUGAAUAGCUUCUCAGGUGGAUAACUUGUAGGCCUUUACAAUAAACCUAAUGUCUUGAGAUUGAACCAAAGAAAGCCAAAAUAUAAGGUGUUCAUUCAUUUUUGACUGGCGGUGUGUAUAAUAGUCAUUGUCAUCAAAUUAACAUUCACCAGAUUAGAUGAUGUAUCCCGACCUAGCAUUUUAUGUUGUGUGAAUUAACCUGUGGGCAAGCAGUUGAUCAAUAGAAUCGGUGCCUAACAACCAAGAGCCUUGCAGUACAUGUCAGCGAGUGAAGAUCUGACUUGUUUCAUACUCUUAAGAGACACAAUUAUGAGUUUGUUUCUUUAGGGUGGGUAGGGAACUGUGUGUAGAGUAUAAAAGAAUGAAGAUCAGAUACAGAUGAACCGUUUCUUCAGUAGAUUUUUGAAUUAAACGAGUUUUAAUUCAAAAUCAAGUGUGGUUGUACAAAAAUGACAAACUGUGAGGAAGAUAAUGAAUUAGUUGGCAUGCCCUCAUACUGUAUGUUCACUAUCUACCACCUGAAUGAUUAUAUGGGUUAAAUUAUAAUUCAACAUUUUGUUUUAAUUGUGAUUAUAAAAUGUUUAUUUUGGAUGUACAGUAUGAUUAUGAAAUAAAAAAUAAUGUGCAUUAUA